AUGAAAGCGGAUGUAGAUCUGGGUUCGAUCAGACUGGUUUUCCUCGGGGGGCUUCAGUCCUCUCUGGGUUCGAUCAGACUGGUUUUCCUCGGGGGGCUUCAGUCCUCUCUGGGUUCGAUCAGACUGGUUUUCCUCGGGAGGCUUCAGUCCUCUCUGGGUUCGAUCAGACUGGUUUUCCUCGGGGGGCUUCAGUCCUCUCUGGGUUCGAUCAGACUGGUUUUCCUCGGGAGGCUUCAGUCCUCUCUGGGUUCGAUCAGACUGGUUUUCCUCGGGGGGCUUCAGUCCUCUCUGGGUUCGAUCAGACUGGUUUUCCUCGGGGGGCUUCAGUCCUCUCUGGGUUCGAUCAGACUGGUUUUCCUCGGGGGGCUUCAGUCCUCUCUGGGUUAG